GGGAAUGAGUAAUCAACACCUGGCUGGUUGUUUUUUCCUCUCAUAUCGGAGUCUUCUGUUUCUUCUGCUGCUGCAGUUGUCCUUUUGUUCCUUUCAGACAUUGACUGGCUGCUCCACCCUGUGCUCUACAACUUCUGCCAAGUGCUGCAAAAGAAUAAUGACCUUCCUUUCUUUUUCUUUGCAUGAUGCAAAAGUGGGGGGAAUAAACAGCCCCUCUCCCCCACCUCCUAGUAAAGCCUACCCACACACUUUGAGGUAGGACACAAGACCCUGGUGAAUAAACUGGAAACACAAAUGGAACAGCCAUGUGCUCUUUUUAUGACACAUCAAACUAAACACGUUUAUCGUGACCUAAACCUGAACAAAGAAAACAGGAACAUAAAAUAUGGACAGCUUGGGUAUUUACUGGAGUUACUGUCUUGUUUGUCUACUGCUUUCCUUUCAAGUGCCUGAAAGGGACCUGCAAGGUAUGGCUACCUGAAAGGAGGCUGCAGCAAGGUGGGUUUUGGUCUCUUGUCUCAUGUGACAAGCGGUAGGAUGCAAGGAAACAGCCUCAAGAUGCAGCAGGGAAGGUCAAAUUAAAUGUCAGAAAGAAUUUAUUCAUUGAAAGCGUGGCCAGGUAUUGGAAUGGGCUGCCCAGGGAGGUGGUGGGGUCACCAUUCCUAGAGGUAUUUAAGAGAUGCAUGGAUGUGACACCUGGGGACACGGUUUAGUGGUGGACUUGUAGUGGUAGGUGAUGGUUGGAUUUGAUCAUCUUGCGGUUCUGUUCUAACCUAAAUGAUUCUGUGAUUCUAAGUAAGCUUGUGUCAUCCCAGUGAAAAUCAAGAAGUGGUCAAGAACAAAGAAAUCCUCUGUAAUCAUCCUGGUGCGUUACUUUGUCAUGUUCCCGGCUGUGUUCAUACAGGCUCUUCCAUCACACAGGCAGGUUGUUCUUCUGUGAUGUCACUUGGUGCUGCUUGGAUACUGUACUGUGCUAAUGGUGUACAGGGGUCUACCCUCAAUGGCAUGGAGGGUUCUGAUGAUAAGGGGAAUGUCCAGGGAAGGGAGGGAUCACGACUGGAUGUAGACUCUGUCCUUGUAACGACAGCAAGCUUUUUGUAAGAGGGAAGUCUUAUAAACUUCUAGUCACAAACAACUUGAUGACCAUGUCUUCCUUGCCUCCAAGGACUUUCGGUGUCCGCCUUUGUCUGGCAGAAACUAAUGAAAUGUUUUCCCUGCCUCAGUGCCAGAAUGACUUGACUCUGAAGAAGCUUAAGUCCCAUUUAGAAUUACUGACUGGGAUCCCCCUUCAUUUCCAGCGGCUUCAAUACCUGGAUGAAAUGGAUCUGCUAGAUGAUUCUACAUUUAAGGACAAUGAUAUUAUCCGUGGUGGAACAAUUACGAUGCGCAUCUGGAGACAAGAUGGCUGGGGGCAUCUUGUGGCAGCUGCUGCAAAAGGAGACACUGUGAAGGUUGACUCUGUUACUUUGGUGAACGAGUGGGGUGUGCUGUCUGCAGAAAUGCUGAAAGCAUGUUGCAUGCCAUGUGCUAGCAUACCUGAUGUGCAGAUACAAGACUUCAUAAAGAAUCAGGUUACACUUCUGAAAGAGGCUAAAAGGUUUCUGUUUGUUCUGCAGCUGGCCCAUCUGGGAGUUACAGAGGAUUUUGCUGGCACCACACCGUAUGCAGAGAUACUGGGACCAGAACAGAAAAAGGAAUGGGUGGCGCACCGAGCUUUUGUGGCACUGUUUGUUGCCAGCCACAGAGGUCAUGUUAGAACUGCCACGUUUCUCCUGAGACAUGGUGCGGAUGUGCAUUACAAAACCCCGCUAGGAAGGACUGCCCUUCAUGUAGCUGCUGUCAUGGGCCGCUGUGACUGCAUUGAGCUGCUCCUUAGCUGUGGAGCACGAGCCCUCGACCCAGAUAGUGAGGGACAAACUGCAGUGAGCCUCGCCCGCCUGUGGGGCCAGCAGCAGAGCGAGCGCACAAUGAUUCGCUUCAAGUGGCAGAAGAAGUCGGCUGCUGCUGUGCUGCCCUCCAGUUCUGAGAGUCUGGACAUGCAGGAGAUGUCUGGCCACGCGUCCUAAAAUACGUAUGGCAUAACUUGGUUCUGGCAGGCUUCAAGGGACAGUGACUUUCCCAAAGACACACACUUCAAAGAUAGGUCACUAGGUGGGGUUUGUAGGGUUUAGUUAUGAAAUAGGGUCAUGUACUGGUGAUGCUGCAGUGAAGAUGACAGCUAGCUUGACAGCAACACUCGCAAACACGCUCCUAAUUUAUAGCUUAACUUUUUAUAAAAUUGUUCCAUGGCCAAACUGGUCAUUUGGUUAAUAACAGCUUGUAGGAGAGCUCGAGGCUGUCUACAAGUUCUUUGGAGUGCUUCUUGCUAGGGUAAUUUCCUAAUAGUUGGCAACAGACCAGAGUGAUGUAGUGUAAUGGGUAUUUCAGGGGACUGGAAAUCCCUAGAUCUUUAAUUCACUUCUGGCCCUGACUGGCUUUAUUGCCUCUAGUAGAUCAGUUAAGGGUUUUGUAAAUAGGGCAGUUGGUCUACCGAGGGAGGGUGCAGGCAAAGUUAAUGUGCAUGGAAGUGGCUAAUUAUGAUUGCUCAGAGUCAAAAUUGGUGCUUUCUUAGAACCUCCAAAAUAUUAAGCCUCAGGAACUUGAAGACCAGGAUUUCUUCAAGUCAGUGACUUGCUGUCCAUCUGCUUUCAAGUAUCCCAUGUUUCUGAAAUGCUUAAGCAAAAAUAGACCUCAUGGUCUUGUUACAUCUCUGUGAUGAGUAGAAGGAAGAUUAGCUUCUGGUCUGUUUCUUGAGGGCUUAUUAGUGUCUCAGUGCUCCAUCUUAAGCAGUUUCCAUUGUUUUGCUUAGAGAGACUUGGGUGGAUUUAUUUUAUUUUAUUUUUUUUUUCCUGAAGAGCUCAGCACUUGACUUUCACUUAACCGUAGAAGAGGCAGUUCUCAGUGGGACGAGUACUUAUGAGAACUUGGCCCACUCAGUUUUUUGCUUGCAAAGCCCAGUGCACAGCCCGGAGACUCUACAAAUAACUAACGUAAGGUUUUUUUUUGGUUCCUUGUGUCAGAGGUGGUUUUUUGUUGUUGUUUUUGUUUUUCUACUUCAGUGCCCGGCCACAGGACUACACUCUGAACCAGGAACGGAGACAGAGCAAUGAAAACCAUGGAUUCACCUUCUAGAGCAAUCUAGGAAAAAAAAAAUACACGUUUACUGCAGCUUUCUUUUGUAAACUAAAAGGGGUGGUGGCUGUGCUUAUUCGUUGGUAUUGUUUUCCUUGAGUUUAAAAGGCUGCAGCCGCGAGGGAAAGCAAACCCCUGGCUGCUUCUUACCGUGCCUGGAGUCGCGCAGCGCCUGCAGAGCCAAAGCGCGGCGGCGGCCGGCAGAGGGCGCCCGGGCACCGGGCACCUGGGGCUGCGCCUCCCGCUGCUGCUCCCCUGCUCCUGCAGCUCGGCGUCCGUUCGCAGUCCAGCUCUCGAGUUUAAGAUGACAAACAGCACCGAAUAUCCCAGUUGGGAGGGAACCACAAGGAUCAUCGAGUUCAGCUCCAGGGUCACCAAAGGACCACCCAAAAAUCAGACCGCAUGUCUGAGAGCGCUGUCCACGUGUUGCUUGAACUCCAGCAGGCUUGGUCCCGUGACGACUUCCUUUAAUUCCUUCUUUUAAUAAAGUCCUAAAGCAAGGUUCGGAGCUUCAGGCUGUGCCAAGUGCUGCUUUGGGAGGCAGUUCCUGUGGGAGGCCGUGCGGCGAUGCUUAUACGUGCUGACAUCAAUCGCAGCAAACGAACGCAGGUUUCCUGCUGUGUGAGGGGAGAUUUGCAGGGGAUCAUCCAAAGGAAGUUCACUUAAACAGGCCUUAUGUUGAUUAGUAAUUCUAUGUGAUUCAAAUAGAUGGUUGAUAUAUAACUGCCUAGAGAAUGACAAGAUCACAAUUUCUAUCAGGGUAACCAGCAGACAAGAUAUAAACGAUGCUGUUUCUGGUGUUGCGCUGAGCCUUUGAAUAUUGCAAGCAGGAUUAUAGAGAAAAGUCUACAGAAAUCCCUUAUUCUUUUUUUCUGUUGUCUGUCUAGACUGUGUAAUCCAUACCCAAGCUUCUAGAAAUGGGGAGAGGUUUUGUAGUUGCUUUUAGACAUAAUGCAGCAUGCCGUAUAAUUCUAGGAAAAAACAGACAGUGUCAGACAGAGAGAACUGGGUGACCUCAGGAGAAGGAUGCCAGAAAUGAUAGAAAAUUAUGUAGUAGAUGAGCACGUAGUGAGAGACAAAUAGCAAGUAUUUUUUACUGGUAGCUGGAGACUCGCCCUUUGGAAAGAACAGAACAGAAGUCACCAGUGCAUUGUGUCUGGGAAAUGGGAAUGCACCAGUCCAAAACUGUACUGGGGCAAGUUAGAAGAGAGUGAAUGGCAGGGCGAGUCCAGCACUGGAGCAGUGCAUGCAGUUCUUAUUCAAGAGAGGUGAAUUCAAGCUAUGUGAGACCCCUGAAUUAGCCAGGGGAAAUGAGAGUUCCUCCUCUUGAGAGGGCUGGCAGUGUAGGGCAGAGCCAACAACAAAAAAGCAUGCAAGAGAUAAUAUUACUCAUUAUCUAAGAUGGCAUGCUUGGGAGAUUUAAAAUAAUAAAAAUAAAAGGUAUUUAUACUGAAGGGAACUGCUGGGAUAGUGAAACCAGAAAUCAGAAUGCAUUGUGUAGCUCUUGGUCCGGAGGAGGAGCAAGGCAGAGAGACCUAACUAAAUGUGUGUCCCUUAGGAACGCUGUUGUGUGUUCGAGUGCUGUGCCACGCUGUUUGGACUGGGUGGCUGCAUUGUUAGAUGCUGAUUUUAUUUGCUGCAGCACUGUGUUUGCUUAAAGCUUCUAUUCCAAAGAUAUAGAUGAAGCAAAUAAUAUUGUCUUAGAGUAACCAGCUACACUGUAGUGUGCAGCAGAAUCAGGGAGACAGCACACUGCGAGACAGACCUCACUCAGACUGAAGUGGGGCUGUUGAAGAAAAUGAGGCUCUGAAUCCUGAAGUGCAUACUCAGUUCUGGAAGUACUUCAUAGAUGAGCUUGAGAAUUUGAGUUCUGAUUUAUAUAGUAUCAGGAAUCCUUGUUAAUGUUAAGUUUCUGUAUUGUACUGGUGUGCGAAAGCCUGCUUCUAGAAGAGAAGCUGUAAUAACCUGUUCAAAGAAAGGAAACAGACAAGAAACAAAAGGGUUGUGCAUUUAGUGUGGCAGUCAUUGCUUUCUCUUCUCCAUGCUACAGCAGAGGGAAAGGAUCAGUCUCCAGAAGACUUGAGUGAGGAUUCGUUAAUGAGCUUUGGGAUCCUCACAUGAAGGAACAGGGAGGUCAUUAUGAAGAAGAAAAGGCAUCAAAAAUGCCUUGAGUCUAAUUAGGCCCAGAGCAGGACAAAUGUCACAACUGUCUCCUAAUAUUAAGAAAUCCAAAGCAACUCUUUUGGAAGGACUGUGAUUCCCCUGGAUGCAAAAGGCGGUAAGUUAAAUAAAGAUGACAAGCGCAGCAAUAAUUCAUCACACUUUCUUACUGUUAUCAGCUUACCCCCUUUCCUUGCCUGGGCAGACCCCCAAUGUUGCUCACAGCCAUCGUGAUGGCUGCUGUUCCCCCGGAGCCCUGAGCAAGCUAAUGCUCAACAAGCCUGAAACAGUGACUGCUGCUACUUAGAAACAGGCACCAUAGCCAGGGACAGCCUUGGAUGUCUGUAAUUUCAAAUAUCAUUGAAAUGUUCCCUAAAUGCUUCCCCUUUCUCCAGAAAUGUUUCCAACUUUACCUGAUUUACCUGAGUUACAUCCCAAUUUGCUUUCCUUAUGUUUAUUUUAUUCCUCUGAGCUCCUGGUAGAUGGCUGCUGCAGAAGAGAAAGGCUUGUGCUGUUGCCCCAAGUGAUGCCAUGAGGAUGUGCCUACUGGUGAAUGGAUGCACCUAUGGAGGAGCAGUACUGCAGUGCCUGUGUUGCUGCUUUGUAUCCUGAGGCUGCCAGGUGAAUGUCGUCUCCCUGUGUAAUGGGGAGGAUCCCACUCAUUUGGUCAAGAGCUGUGCUUUGCUUUAGGCAGCAGGCAAUCAUCUCCCUCUGCUCCCAGUUCAUAGCCCUGAAACCUCCUUGGUGUUAAAGUUCCUUUCAAGGAGGACAGAAGCCACUCCUUUUAAAAUCUGUCCUUUAGUGAUGGAACUUCCAUACUUGUAUUGGUGUGGGUCCUUCUAGACUCAAACAUACCUGGGUAGGCUUUGUGUGCUCAUGUGUGGUAUCAACACUCCUGGAAGCCUAAUGCCACUGUUGAUCUAGUCUUACUUCCAAAAUAUCACCUACAGUGGACCUCCCUGUGGAGGCUGGAUACUGAAUCCUGAGAGUAAAAACCCGUGAUUACUUUGGCAUUGCACAAAGAAUUUGUUAGCUCAGUGAAUUUUUAAAUAGAAAAAAGAGCGAACUUGUUGUUAUACCUGUUCCAAAUUUAUCUAUAGACAACAGUAACGCAGAAUGCUGUGGCAAUCACGACAUUCAUUUCUCAAAGUGAAUCAAAUGAAUAGAAACUGUUAAAAGCUAGAGUACAAUAUAAUGCAUAAAACCCAACAGACAUCAGGAAACUUGUACUGAUUGGUCUCUUAGAUGUUGUUUUCCUCUUGCUUGGGAAAGAGAAUUGUAGUCAGCUUGCAAUCUCCCUGACAUUGUUCAUGGAGGAAGCAGACAAAAAGUACCAAUGAAAUAGAAGGCCUGCAAUUUAGUUAAUUUUAUGCAAAACACAAUCAGCAUUCAGACUGGGAAUUACCAAGCAGAAAUGUAUUGAUAGAGAAACCAAAAUAUUCUCUGUGCCUAAAUGGUGAGAUAUUAAAAUAAAAUCUCAAGGAGACUCCUGGAGCUCAUGUAGCUGUAGGCCAGAGACGAUGCAAAGGUGAAGUCUGACACUGCCAAAGUCAUCAGGAGUUCAGUGAGACCAUGAUUUAAUCCCUGACACCUUAGGCCACGCAUCUACAUGGUAUGAAUCAGGGCAGUACUGGUGUGACAGAACCUUGUUAUCAGUAAGAACAAAGAGAAGAAAACUUUUUAGAAAUGUGAUUAGAGGAUUUAGAAGUUAUUGCUUAUGAAAAUGGUUGUAAAGAGUCUAGCAUAAGGAGGUAGCAGAGGGGGAAAGAGCAGUAAGGAAGGUGGUAAAGGACAGAGAAAUGGAAAGAACUGCAGGUCGGCUGGGGAAUGUGAUUAUGAAGGGGACAGUUUUUCAAGGAUUUGUUUCUAAUCUUGGAGACCUGAAUUGCCGAUGGUGGACACUGAUGUUUCAUCUUCCAUUUUACUUAGUUAACUGUAAUGCUAAAAUGCUAAGUGGACACCAAAUGUUUGUACAGAACAAUGUACGCUUCUCUUUCCCAAACUUCAUGCAUUUCACGGUAAUUUUUUAAUUAAUCAGUCUUUGUACCUCUAACGCCUUAAAGUCCAGUGUGCAUAGUCCCUCUCUGUAGCACCUCUGCCUGUAGCAGAACCUAUGUAUGAAUGCUUUCUCUGCCUUCAGUUUUUCAGUUUGCAGUGUUCCUGGCAUUUUAACCACCAACUGCGUUCAAAGACGACCAGAAGUUCGUUGUGAACUCUGCCUGAGGAUCAUGUUGACCAUUAAUAUUUAGAAAGGAUAGUGGUUUACACAGGGGAGCCAAAAGCUAUAAGCUUUCUAGUACGCUUUCAACAUCUAGAAUGCUUCCAAUACCGUUUAGGUUGGUUUGGUGCCUAACCUACGCUGCAAUUGAGGUUAGUGCUUUGGUUUUCUUUCAAGUUCCAGUUCCCCAUAUGCUGUUCUGUUUGCAAGAUUUUCUUGACAUAACUGUCUGGAAUGGUUUGCUGGUGUUUUGCUAGGAUUCCUGUGUGUUCAGAAGCUAAUAGAGGAACUGUCAACUUGAAGGCCCAUCUUAAAAUAUGGCCCUACUGGCUUGGGAUAAGAAACACAGAGAUUGCUUGUCCAAGCCUCUUCCGUGGAAUUCGUGACGCUAUUUCAAUUCCUUUGGUUUCCAGUAACCAAACAAUUAUUGGGGUCAAGCAGAAGUCAAGGUAUAAAGAUUCAUCACUAUGAGCUUCCUUACUUGUAAGCUGGGCCAUAUGUUAUAGGAAUGAUCUGGACUUUAACAGUGGUCUUCUAUCUCUUGAUGAGUGUUAGUAUGCAUAAUUCAAAUGUACAUGUGUUUGAAUUCCAGCUUAUAUUGAUUGAAUUGCUCUAUGAUAAUAAACAGGAUAAAUAAAUCAGAUGGAAGUAAAAGCAUUGAUGUGCUCUGUGGUGAUGGGGGGAUUAAAUUCAGUGCUGUGCCCUUGAGCAGCAUGUAAUUUCAAAAGUGCCUCAAAUAUGAUGAUGACAUAAAAUAAGGCUAAGGAAGCUGGAGAGGCAGAAGGACGGGACAGAGGAACAAAACAAACUCGUUCAAAAUGAUUUGGAUUUAUUAGGAUUACAGGCUGAUAAGUGGCUUAUGCAGUUUAUUGUUGGGAAGUGUAAGGUAAUGAGGCCAGGGGACUGCAGGUAAUCAGACUCCAGUCAGAGUGAGAGCAAUGUGGAAUACAGAUUAGAGCAUGGCAAAAAGGGCACGUGGCACUGAGGGAAGUCGUUUCUAAGGUGAAUAGCUGUCUUGAUGCCUCUUUUCUUCCAAAGCUCAGCUCUACAGCUGUGCUUGCUGCAUGACUGAGAAACUGCUGGCCCUGCUAAAGAAGCUUCUGUUCAGCCUUGUCAACACAUGAGCUCGCUUGUAAAUGAGAGAUGGGUUUGAAAUGCUUUUUGCUCUUUGAGGAUCUCCAAAUACAGUUAUACCUUGUUCUGGGAGCCAAGUAAGUAAAGCAAAGAGGAAGAUGGAGGGAAUAUAGCCAUGUCAGCAUGAAUCAGAAUGACAGUCAGGCCUUGUCUAGUAGUGUAGAAGCAGCCAGUAAUCCUUUCAUGCUGGUUUGGCCAGGAAAAUUUUCUCCAAGGGCUAUGAGAUGGGUGCUUGCUAAUUGCAGGUGAAUAGAGGAGAAUCUAGCUUUUGAUGUUACAGGAAAAGUGAACUGCGACUGAGCUGCUUAAUAUUAAGUUGAUCACACUGACUUUAGAAAAACAGAAAAAAUGUAGUUUCAGACUAAUGAGCACCUUGCUGGGCAAUAGUAAAGCAAAGAGAAAUUGGUGAAUCUUUCAAGUGGCUGCUAAUCUGGAGGUAGAUUCCAUGGUUUUGAAAGUACUUGUGCUAUUCUGGUUUCCAUUCCUUAUCUUUAGUUCUAACAUCUGUCUUCAUCUUAAAAUGUUUCUUUUGUCUCCUAAAUUGCAAACUUUGGAUUUUUCUCACUUGGGGCCAAAUAGCUUUUGAAACCCAAAUAAAGGCAGAAAAAAUAAAUGUCUUAAUUCUGUUAGGUAACACAUUAGCCACUCCUGCGUAAAAGUGCUUUCUCAGAUUUGACCCAUAUCUCUAACCAUCAAUGUUACACUUAAUACCUAGAGCACACCAGUAGCACAUAGAACUCUCUAAGCCCUCCUUACUUGAUGCUCUAUCAGGUGGAAAUCCAUUUUUGUCUAGAAGGGUUAUGUUUGCAGUAGUUGACUAAGGCAGUGAGGAGCUACAGGGAAAACUGAACUGGGAGGAACAGAAGCUAAGGUAAGUCAUGAACGAGAACUUAAUCACAAAUCCCAAUGCUUAUAUCAUAUCAGAAUUGAGCCAUGAAUGUAGAAUGGUGAAAGAUUACUUGGGGAGUAAAGAGAUGCACUUGGAAUUUUUCCUUUUCUGAGUCUCUUCAGACUUUGGUGGCCUCUAAUUAACAUGCUGUCCCAUUCCGCGUCCCUGUCUGGGAUAUCAGAAGCAUACUGGAUGAGCUCUAACGUGCACUCUGCACCCAUCCGGAGACGUACAUCUUGCUGUGACUCCCUAGAUUGUUAUUAUAAUAGUAAUGAAAGAAUGGAGGCCUCUCUGUAUUUAUGCUUCACGUUUCUUUUAUCCACUGGUUCUCCGCAGCAAACGGCCAGUGUUAGAAUCUGCAUCCUUGGAGUUCUGUUGUCGGGUUGGGCUGUCAUCACACGCUUAGCUAAUACCCUCUAGUAAUUUUCUUAUUCACAUGCACACUUAAUGUCCUUAGUCAUUAGACUGAAAAAUGUUAGCCUUGUCAUAGUUAGUGACUGGAAGCAGAAAAGUCCAUUUAGUUCUCAGGGGAAUGGAUUCUAAUUUUCUGCUUGUCAGAAAGUGACAUUUUACAUAUUUUUCUCUUUCCCCCUUGUCCCCCCCACCAAUUUAGUGCUAAAUUUAAAUGUGUGUGUCAUAGGAAUAGACUUUUUGUCUGUGCUAGACACCCCAAAAGACUUGGCUGGUGUCCAGCGUGUGAGACUCUUGACCAAUAGCUACUGCUAGAGCUCAUUUCAUGCACUGAAGAGAAUGGGAGGUGAGAGUGAAAAGUUAGAAAUAAGAGGUCACUGCAGAGGGCACAUUAACAUUGCAUGUCAGAAUGCAUAUUUUUCCCCCUGGAAAAUAUGGAUGAAAAGCAGCUCAUCUGGAAUAAAAUAUCCAAUGAAGAAACAAAUUAUGCUCAUCAGGCAGGCUCAUACUAAUAUUUGUCAUUAAGAUGUGACACCUUCUAUGUAAUGUCACAAACUACUGGGAGCCUUUGAAAAGUGUACUGCUUGGAAGGCAACUUGUCUGCAGAUAUUGAGUUCACUGUUCUAUGAAAGGGAAAUAACUUGUGUCUUGAAAAAUGGAUGGUGUUUAUGGCAAAGAGAAAUAAUCCUCCCACAGAUUACAGCUGUUCUUUGCAUUGUGCUGGUGGUCUUAUCUCAUCAGUGGAUAUUUUAUAAGUGUUUUUUUUUUUUUUUUUUUUUUUAUAUACAUUU